GGCUAGUUUGCAGCCCCGCGCUCCCCGAUCCUCCCCAGCUCGCGCCAGAGCCACAACUUUCAGGAGCAUGGACUGAAGGCGCCCUCGCCCCUGCGCCCCUCUGAGAUCCUUUGUGUUUUCCUCGGUUUCCUCCGGCUGUUCUAUUUUGGGGGCUCUUCGCUCUCCCCCCGCCUCUACCCUCCCCUUCCCCGCUUGCAAACAUGCCUCCUUCCUUCCCGGGGCCCUGGAAGGAGCUGCCUGCCUGAAGCCCGGAGACGCCGCGCCGCGCUCAGCCCCGCCGCCGCCCGCCGGCUCUCGGGCUCCGCUGCCGACUCAAGUUGGGGAUCUUCGGCUACUCGCCGCCGUCGCCGGCGGUCUCUGCCUGCCCGGGGCUCCGGGCAUCGCCGCCGCCCGCCGACUCCUCGCCCUGCCCGCUCGACUCGCUCCUUUUUGAACAUAAAGCAGCCUUUCUCCGCCGAGGAUCGUCCCCAGCGUGGCUCCGCGUUCUCGGCCACUUUUUGAGAUUUUCCGGGGGGCGCUCGGCGGCUUCCCGGAUUCCAGGGGGGACUCGGGCCGCCGAGCGCGGGGGCCCCGUAGAGCAGGCGAGCAGGCGAAGAGCCGGGGCUUAGCGGAGGCUCACACCGAGGCAAGAACUUAUUCAACAAGUUUACCCCCCCUGCUUUCCUCUUUUCGAUGUGCGUUUUCGGACAUGCGGAGGUUACUGGAACCGUGUUGGUGGAUUUUGUUCCUGAAAAUCACCAGUUCCGUGCUCCAUUAUGUCGUGUGCUUCCCCGCGUUGACCGAGGGCUACGUGGGGACCCUGCACCAGAACAGACAGGGCAGCUCGGUGCAGGCGCAGAUCCGCAGGCGCAAGGCUUCCGGCGACCCGUACUGGGCCUACUCGGGUGCCUACGGUCCUGAGCACUGGGUCACGUCCAGUGUCAGCUGUGGGGGCCGUCAGCAGUCGCCUAUAGACAUUUCGGACCAGCAUGCACGUGUCAGUGAAGAGUACCAGGACCUGCAACUUGAUGGCUUCGACAAUGAGUCUUCUAACAAAACCUGGAUGAAAAACACAGGGAAAACAGUUGCCAUCCUGCUGAAAGAUGACUAUUUUGUCAGCGGCGCUGGCCUGCCUGGCAGAUUCAAAGCUGAGAAGGUGGAGUUUCACUGGGGCCACAGCAAUGGUUCCGCCGGCUCUGAACACAGUGUCAACAGCAGGCGGUUUCCCGUGGAGAUGCAGAUUUUCUUUUACAAUCCAGAUGAUUUUGACAGCUUUCAAACCGCCAUUUCUGAAAACAGAAUAAUCGGAGCUAUGGCUAUAUUUUUUCAAGUCAGUCCACGGGACAAUUCCGCACUGGAUCCUAUUAUCCAUGGGUUGAAGGGCGUCGUCCAUCACGAGAAAGAGACCUUUCUGGAUCCUUUCAUCCUCCGGGACCUCCUGCCUGCAUCCCUUGGCAGCUAUUACCGGUACACAGGUUCUCUGACGACCCCACCGUGUAGCGAAAUUGUGGAGUGGAUAGUGUUCCGGAGGCCCGUCCCCAUCUCUUACCAUCAGCUCGAGGCUUUUUAUUCCAUCUUCACCACGGAGCAGCAAGACCACGUCAAGUCGGUGGAGUAUCUGAGAAAUAACUUCCGGCCACAGCAGGACCUGAAUAACAGGGUGGUGUACAAGUCUGCCGUCCGCGACGCCUGGAACCACGACAUGACCGACUUCUUAGAAAACCCACUGGGGACGGAAGCCUCUAAAGUCUGCAGCUCCCCGCCCGUCCACAUGAAGGUGCAGCCGCUGAACCAGACCACGCUGCAGGUGUCCUGGAGCCAGCCGGAGACCGUCUACCACCCGCCCAUCAUGAACUACAUGGUGUCCUACAGCUGGACCAAGAACGAGGACGAGAAGGAGAAGACGUUCACCAAGGACAGCGACAAGGACUUGAAAGCCACCAUCAGCCACGUCUCACCUGACAGCCUUUAUUUGUUCCGGGUCCAGGCCGUGUGUCGCAACGACAUGAGGAGUGACUUCAGCCAGACCAUGCUCUUCCAAGCUAAUACCACUCGAAUAUUCCAAGGGACCAGAAUUGUCAAAACAGGAGUGCCCACAGCGUCGCCGGCCUCUUCAGCCGACAUGGCCCCCAUCAGCUCAGGCUCCUCCACCUGGACAUCCUCCGGCAUCCCCUUCUCCUUUGUCUCCAUGGCGACCGGGAUGGGCCCAUCGUCCAGCGGCAGCCAGGCGACCGUGGCCUCGGUGGUCACCAGCACGCUUCUGGCCGGCCUGGGCUUCAGCGGCGGCGGCAUCUCCUCCUUCCCCAGCACCGUGUGGCCCACGCGCCUGCCCACGGCCGCCUCGGCCAGCAAGCAGGCCGGCAGACCCGUCCUGGCCACGACCGAGGCCUUGGCCAGCCCCGGCGCCGACGGCGAUUCGGCGCCCAGCAAGGACGGCGAGGGCGCGGAGGAGGGCGAAAAGGACGAGAAGAGCGAGAGCGAGGACGGCGAGCGGGAGCAUGAGGAGGAAGGCGAGAAGGACUCCGAGAAGAAGGAGCGGAGCGGGGUGACCCACGCCCCGCGGGCGCGCAGCCACACCCAGCCCACCGCCGCGCCCUCGGCCCCCGGCACCGCUGCCCAGGAGGGCGCGCAUCAGACUACACCCGGGCGCGAGCGGGCCCGCACUGCCAGCCCCACCGCCCGGCCCCAGGACGCCCUGGACCCCCGCUCGGCCACCCCCACCCAAGUGCCCCCCACAGUCCCAGAGGAGCAGGACGAAGACAGUGACCCCGCGAGGCCCGAGGUGCCAUCCAGGAAGCCUGUGCCCCCCGGGGACCGAUUCCCCGAGGACAGCAGGUUCAUCACUGUUAACCCAGCAGAGAAGAACACCUCUGGGAUGAUAAGCCGGCCUUCCCCGGGGAGGAUGGAGUGGAUCAUCCCUCUGAUUGUGGUAUCAGCCUUGACCUUCGUGUGCCUCAUCCUUCUCAUUGCUGUGCUUGUUUACUGGAGAGGGUGUAACAAAAUAAAGUCCAAGGGCUUUCCCAGACGUUUCCGUGAAGUGCCUUCUUCUGGGGAGAGAGGAGAGAAGGGGAGCAGAAAAUGUUUUCAGACAGCUCAUUUCUACGUGGAAGAUAGCAGUUCACCUCGGGUGGUCCCCAAUGAAAGUAUUCCAAUCAUUCCUAUUCCGGAUGACAUGGAAGCCAUUCCUGUCAAACAGUUUGUUAAACACAUCGGUGAGCUCUAUUCUAAUAACCAGCACGGCUUCUCCGAGGAUUUUGAGGAAGUCCAGCGCUGCACGGCUGAUAUGAAUAUCACUGUAGAACAUUCCAACCAUCCAGAUAACAAGCACAAAAACAGAUACAUCAAUAUUUUAGCAUAUGAUCACAGUAGGGUGAAGUUAAGACCUUUACCAGGAAAAGACUCUAAGCACAGCGACUACAUUAAUGCAAACUAUGUCGACGGUUACAACAAAGCGAAGGCCUACAUCGCCACCCAGGGACCGUUAAAGUCCACGUUUGAAGACUUCUGGAGGAUGAUUUGGGAACAAAACACUGGAAUCAUUGUCAUGAUUACAAACCUCGUGGAGAAAGGAAGACGAAAAUGUGAUCAGUAUUGGCCCACAGAGAACAGUGAGGAGUAUGGAAACAUUAUUGUCACCCUGAAGAGCACAAAAGUACACGCCUGCUAUACUGUUCGUCGUUUCUCAGUCAGAAAUACAAAAGUGAAAAAGGGUCAGAAGGGAAAUCCCAAGGGGCGGCAGAAUGAACGCACAGUGAUCCAGUACCACUACACGCAGUGGCCCGACAUGGGGGUUCCGGAGUACGCCCUCCCGGUCCUGACCUUCGUGCGGAGGUCCUCAGCCGCCCGCACGCCGGAGAUGGGCCCUGCGCUGGUGCAUUGCAGCGCUGGUGUGGGCAGGACAGGUACCUACAUCGUCAUUGACAGCAUGCUGCAACAGAUAAAAGACAAAAGCACAGUCAACGUCCUGGGAUUCCUGAAGCAUAUCAGGACUCAGCGCAACUACCUCGUCCAGACUGAGGAGCAGUACAUCUUCAUCCACGAUGCCUUGUUGGAAGCCAUUCUCGGGAAGGAGACUGAAGUGUCUUCCAGUCAGCUGCAUAGUUACGUUAACAGCAUCCUCAUCCCAGGAGUCGGGGGCAAGACACGGCUGGAGAAACAGUUCAAGCUGGUCACACAAUGCAAUGCAAAAUAUGUGGAAUGCUUCAGUGCUCAGAAAGAGUGCAACAAAGAAAAGAACCGGAACUCUUCAGUCGUGCCAUCUGAACGUGCUCGAGUGGGUCUUGCACCGUUGCCUGGAAUGAAAGGAACUGACUACAUUAAUGCUUCUUAUAUCAUGGGCUAUUACAGGAGCAAUGAGUUUAUUAUAACCCAGCACCCUCUGCCGCACACCACCAAGGAUUUCUGGAGGAUGAUUUGGGAUCACAACGCGCAGAUCAUCGUCAUGCUGCCAGACAACCAGAGCUUGGCUGAAGAUGAGUUUGUGUACUGGCCCAGUCGAGAAGAAUCCAUGAACUGUGAGGCCUUUACCGUCACCCUUAUCAGCAAAGACAGACUGUGCCUCUCCAAUGAAGAGCAAAUUAUCAUCCAUGACUUUAUCCUUGAAGCUACACAGGAUGACUAUGUCCUCGAAGUUCGACAUUUCCAGUGUCCCAAAUGGCCUAACCCGGAUGCCCCCAUCAGCAGUACUUUUGAGCUUAUCAACGUCAUCAAGGAAGAGGCCUUGACAAGGGAUGGCCCCACCAUUGUGCAUGAUGAGUAUGGCGCAGUUUCAGCAGGAAUGCUGUGUGCUCUUACCACCUUGUCCCAGCAACUGGAGAAUGAAAAUGCCGUGGAUGUUUUCCAGGUUGCAAAAAUGAUCAAUCUGAUGAGGCCUGGAGUAUUUACAGACAUUGAACAGUACCAGUUUGUCUACAAAGCGAUGCUCAGCUUGGUCAGCACGAAAGAGAAUGGGAACGGCCCCAUGACAGUGGACAGGAACGGCGCUGCCCUCACCGCGGACGAGUCGGACCCUGCCGAGAGCAUGGAGUCGCUGGUGUGACUGGAAUCGUGAAAGAGUGCUUCAUUUGUAAACCUUCUGAAGACUGAGAACUUUUUUGAGGCCUUUUUUUUGCCAGACUCUAGGUCUAGGUUAUAUGAUAACCCAGUUACUUUUUUACACUGAUAAAAGUUUUGAUAUUUAUUUUUUGCCAUUUUAUGUCUUAAUGGUAUCCUACUGAGCAUAUGCACCUCUGUUCAUUUCCCACAGUGAAACGCGGUUUUACCUAGUUUGCACUAUCUGAUCAGUGUUACUGCCUAUAAUCUGAUACUAAAGCAAACCCUGACGUGACAUUCCACGACACCAUACAUGCUACUUUUUAAUUCAGUAUAGUGAAGGUCUUUGUUAGGACAGUGACUCUUUUUUUUUUUUUUUUUUAAUUAUUAUUACUCUUUCUAAAGCAGCUGCAUCCUCCUAGCAGGCAAUGCUGUCCUUUUCCUCAGUCCUCUCCUAUUUUUUAAGGCACUGUUCAAUAUUUCUGUAUGCCUUCUGUGUUUUAAUGGAGUGGAUGAGCACUGUUUUCUUUUAAAGAAUAGUGGGGUGGGGGGGCUACUCUGAAGGUCUGUCAAUGUCACGGCCUUGAGAGAGUCCCAUUUGUGAUGGUGAAGGUGUCCAUUAAGAAACAAGAAGGUUUAAGAGUCAUCUGAUGUGAACAUCAUCCUAGUUUCAAAGUUAUAUUCCUAGCUUUAAAAAAUGCCCAACUGUGUCAAAAUAAAGGAUAUCUCUGUAUUACAGUUUUCACAGUAGCUAUGUGGACAGUGUGUGUUAUUUCCAUUUUGAUUCUCUCAAAUAGUUACAUCACUGCCCCCCAAAUCAGGGCCAUCUUUUACAAGAGAUGGCAAUAUUUUACGAAACUCCAGUUAUGAAGCCCUUCAGUGAGUCUUCAUUAAUGCCUCAUGGUUUAUAAUUUCAUACCUCUUGGCAGGUGGAAUAAUGCAAAUCUUGGCAGGUGUGUAACUUUGAAAGUAGUCAUAGAAAAUAUUCCUAUUACUCAUAUAGCAAUCUAAUAAAAAAACUACCUAUAGAGUUAAUAUUCUUACAUUCUUUUCUUUCCUUUUUUUUUGCCAAAUAUUUCAUGAUAAAGUUCAUUAAUUCCAUGCAUUCUUCUAUUUAAACUGAAAAUUUUGUAUUAAUUAGCAAAAAGUCUUGGGACUAUCUAGGUUCCUCCACAUGGAGAAAUCUGACUUGAAGAGAGACAAUUAGAAUUUUGAGUGAAAGGUAACAGUGACAUUUUCAAAGAGUUCUUAGCAGCAGGAGACAGCUUUGUAUGCUUUUAUGUAUUCUAGCUUCAAAAACAGGUUCACUUAAGUAAAAGAGACUGCUCAUAGGAACACAGAGCCGAAGGUGGCAAUCUCCCAGAGCCACAUUCACCCUGCCGUCUAUCAUGGGAAAAUCAGGAGCACUCACAAGAAAUUUCAGUUCAGCAAGUUAGAAAGAUAAGCUACUUACUGAGAUCCAUUUCUUCUGCUGCACAUUUGCUUUUGAGGGGUGACUUCUGUCAGAAGUUAAGCCAUCACCAGGACUGAGCCUGUGAAGAGGAAAAGGGUUUUGGUUAUUUUUAUUUUUUUAUGUCAAUAAACAUCAACCAACAGGUCACACUGGCUAUGACCAUACUGUCUGGCUAGGCAUUAAAACAUCCGUGAUAAGCGGCACUGAGACUCUGUUUAUCCUGAGUUGGUUUUCUAUGAAGUUUGUCAAAGCGGAGCUGAAAGGACCAAAGCUGCUGAGGCCUCCUGGCCCGGGAUUUCUAGCACACGGGCCAGGUCAACCACGUUUUCCUAAACGACAUAACUUGCCAGGAUUCCUCUCAUCUUCCCAUCGCGCAGACUCAGCCACACGGGGUAGUCCACCAUUCACGAACUGUGAGGGCUUGCUGGAGAGAGUGUGGACAGGUGAGCCCAGUCUCCUCAGCUUUAUGUGGCGGAGGACACAGACACACUCACCGUCCCUCCGCUCCUGCCAGAGGUGAAGUGCGGAACCUCUGCCUAACACCUGAGGGAAAAACCCUGACCUCCCGAACACUACCACGACUGGCUGGCUGAGGGAGAUGAGGAAGGGGAAGGUUUCAGCCUGGUUUCACCUCAGCACCGCAAGAGCUAGGCCACCGCCGUCCAUUACGGAGGUCGCUUCUGCUGUACGGAGCGCUGACGUGAGCUGACUCUUCUCAGUAGAUGGCACGGGGGGGACCUGACUUUCAGAAGUAACAUUCAAGUUGGGGUUUGUGGUCCCUGUAAUUUUUUCAGACACAUGGCAAGUAUUCCCUUCUGGGCUAUUUUUGUUUUCAGUCACUCACUCGUGUCCGCCCCUUCGCAACCCCAUGGACUGCAGCCCGCCAGGCUUCCCUGUCCUUCACCGUCUGUGCUAUUACAGAGGGUCCAAUUCAUGGAAAUUCCUACCCUCCAAUUCUGUGACCAUCUCUUCCAUGGGUAUCAGAAUCAUGGUAAAAGAGAGAGGUCGGAGAUAAAGCAGAAACAUCACAAGGAUGGCUGAGAAUUUCUCUGUGAGCAUUCGAGUGUCUAUAGUGGGCCUGAACCAAAGUCUACAAACCCUAACCCACUGAACCACAAGCAACUGCUGUUUGCCCAUCUUGCCAAAAUGGCCCAAACACACUUUGCGGAGGGUGAUUAUAGUCAACAGCUCCUCACUUUUGACUAUAAGUGUAUCCUACUAUUCUUCAUAUGGCACUGGCAAAUAUAUGCUUGUAUCUUUCCAGAGGCAAAGAGUUUCAGAGAUGGUGUUUUCUUUGAGACAGAAGCACAUGGCUUAACUAAAGAACAAGGUUAUUAGCCCAUGCACUCAGGAGGCAAGGAAAUAGCUAUUGCAAAUUACUGUGUGCCAUGUUAGAAAAAUGAGCCUUUAGAGUGUAUGAGUUCUAGGUAAGCAGAAGGCACACAUUCAAAAUGAAUUAAAGAUCAAGACAAGCGGCCAUGCUGGACAUCAGAGAAAACACACCUUAUCGCCACCAAGAACCUUACCUGCAUCUAAAAGUUAAAAUCCUUUCAUAUUUUAAAAAAAGGUUUCCUUCUGAAAUUCAGGAUGAUUAAGGUGAGGUGAAUUGCUUUUCCUAAUUUUUAUGCCUUGGAGCUUUCAGAGUCAAUUUCAAGCUGGAAAGUCCAGCAAGGUCAGAGAUGUUUAUGGCAUUUAGGGUCUGGUGGCUGGUGGUUUUAGCCCGGAGUGACGUACUGAAAUCAACAGAUAACCUUAAUUAUUUUAUAAUGACACAGCACAACUGCCUUGUUAUGAAUUUUCUUAAACACAUAUAUACUGUAUUUAAAACUUAAAAUAUAGAUAACCAAUUUACCAAAGACACAUACUAAUUGUAAGCAAAAAAUUUUAAGAAAGAAGCCCAAACUCAUCAUAAUUUAGGAAAUAAUAAUCAAAACGUAGUUUGUCUUAAGAAUCUAGCAAGUUAUAUUGGAAAAUGCAUUUCCAACUCCUAAGUCCUAAAGUUUAUGUUCAAAUGGUGCCAGUGAAUUUUUAUAUGAAGGGAAAAUGCCUGCUUUUUUUUUUUUUUUUUAAAAAACAGCUGUAAUCUCACUUGCCCCUUUGCGCUUGCCCAUAGCUGCCAUCUAACAUACAAUACUGGCUUCACUUAUCUCUAGAAAGAAGGCAUGCAACAAAUCAGAAGGAGUUGUAAGAAUGGUAUUUGGCCUCUACUUUGUCUUAGCUGUUAAACUGUUUUUAGUAUUUUUGUUAAAUAUUUGCAAAGGGAAGCAUUUUCUACAGAGGAUAAUUAAUUUCAAGAAAAAUAAUCUUGAGUUUUAAGUAAUAAAACAUCUCCAGAAAAGGAGACAAACGAUUUUAUAAAAUGUCGCAACUCUCCAACAUUUGGGGUGGUGACUCCUUUUUUGUUAGGACAUUUGAAACUAGCAAGUAGCCAUUGUUUCUUAAAAAAAGAAAAAAAAAAUUCAGCCUUUGUGUGGAUUCAUGUUUCUUUCACUUCAUUUUGAAAUAGCGAAAAUCAUUAAAACUGUAAAUAUUUUGUUGCUUGGAUAAGCAUCUUCUGGGAACUUUGUAUCUAUGGUAUAUAAUCAUAGAAUUUUAUAUUUUCAUAUAAAGCUAAUUUUUUUCUAGUUUCAAUUCUGUCAUAGUUUUUUUUUUUCCUUUGUGGUGGAUAUGUGAAUUCAACUUUCUGUGUAUUGAAGUAGCAAGAACCAUCUUUGCAUUCCAAAAGAAUCCAACAUGUGUUAUUUCUUUGAGGCAGUGAUUGUGACAGUUGGGUUUUCUUUUUUAAUUUCAUUGACCAUUUGUGCAAUAGGAAUUAGACAUAAUUAGUCACACUGAAUACAUUUGUUGCAUUGACCCAUUUGGAUAAAGUGCUGUUUUUGUUUUUUUUUAAUUUGUUCGGGGGGAGGGGUUUUGUAACCUGAAAUUUUUCCCUUUUUUCUUCUGUUUAAAAGUAUAUCAAAUCAUUCUAUUAUAGUGUUAUUUAAUAUGUAAAUUGUAUUGCUAUACAUAAAAUAAAGUAUGGUUUUUGAUGUA